GGGAGGGCGGGUUUUCCGCCGCCAGUAUCUCUUGCAAGUCUUCCGAUGUAAAAUCCUUGAGUCCCCCAAAAAAUUCUGCUGCAGCCACAAUAAUGUGUCGUUUGUUCGACUUCUUUGAGACUUGUGCUGUAUAGUUUGACUGGAAAUGAACGCAACAAAAUACACUUAAAAAAAUAUAUAUAUAUUUUUUUAUGAUUCCACAACAAUAGAACACAGCUAGAGUAAGUACUACGACAAAAGGUAAAUCAACCCCCCCCCCCCAAAAAAAAUACAUUAAAACAAUGGCAAAAUACAAAUAAUGAGUUAAAUUGGAAUAGUAAUAAUACUAAUGACUAAAUAAGACAAAUGACACGAGAUACCAACAUAUGUGUAACGGAUGUGAAAUGGCUAGCUAGUUAGCGGGUACGCGCUAGUAGCAUUUCAAUCAGUUACGUCACUUGCUCUGAGACUUUAAGUAGGGUUGCGGCCUUUGUGGAGCGAUGGUUUGAUGCUACGUGGGCAACCGUUGUUGAUGUGUGCAGAGGCUCCCUGGUUCGCGCCCGUGUCGGGGCGAGGGGACGCCGUAAAGUUAUACUGUGACAUUGAUGCUGUUGACCCGGAUCACUGGUUGCUGCGGAAGCCGCGGCCUUUGUGGAGCGAUGGGUAGCGAUGCUUCGUGGGCAACCGUUGUUGAUGUGUGCAGAAGGUCCCUAGUUCGCGCCCGUGUCGGGGCGAGGGGACGACGUAAAGUUAUACUGUUACAUUGAUGCUGUUGACCCGGAUCACUGGUUGCUGCGGAAAAGGAGGAGGUUGAAAGGGGGGUGAGUGUAACGGAUGUGAAAUGGCUAGCUAGUUAGCGGGUACGCUUGCUCUGCAAGGGCCGCAGCCUUUGUGGAGCGAUGGGUAACGAUGCUUCGUGGGCCACCGUUGUUGAUGUGUGCAAGAGGGUCCCUGGUUCGCGCCCGGGUCGGGGCGAGGGGACGACGUAAAGUUAUACUGUUACAUAUGCACAAACAGUACAUUACAGAGAGACAAUAGCUACAUUGAUCUUCAAGCUCACAUCCACCAACCUCAAUGGAAGUGUUUCCAUAUAGUCCAGGAAGGGUUGCAAAGUGGUUGAAUUUAUUUCUUAAAGCAUAGGUAAUCUUCUCCAUAGACCUACUCAUUUCAGAGAGCCAUCUUGUAAUUGGGAGAGGGGAAUCCGAUUUUCAUGUCAAUGCAGCACAUUUUCUUGCAAGGGUGAUUUUCUGUAAAUUUGAUUUUGAAGUUAUUCCUCAUAAUUACAUUUGUGAAGUUACCCAGAAUGCACAGGGUCAAGUGGGAAAGGGACCUCCAUAAUAAAGGCCAGGGUGUCACAAACAUCAUGCCAGAAGGCUUGUAAUUUAGUACACUGCCAAGUAGAAUGCAAAAAAGUGCCUUCUGUUUUUCCACAUAUAAAACACAUUUCUGAUAUUUCAGGGUUAUAUCUAUGUAACCUCUGAGGUGUCAGAGUUGGUAGAGGAAGUUGCAAUGUAUAAGUCUAUAUCUAGAUUUGAUGGUCGCUCACACACUAUCUUGGCAUAGACCCUCAUCAAUUGUAGUAUUCAAAUUGGAUUCACAUCGUUCUCUCGACUUAUGUACAUCUAGUUUUGGGCAUUGUUGCAAUAGCAAUGAGUACACUCUGGAUAUAAAUAUAUAUGUGUCAUUGUUAUCAUGGAGUAGUUGUUCUAUUCUUGAUAGGUUUGGUAAAGUCAUCUGAGAAAGUUUCUUAACUGUAAAUAACAAAAUAAAUUAUUAUUGGGUAACUGGUAUUUCUUUAAGUUGCUCAAAUCACAUAAGUACCCCAUUUAUAUAACAAUGUUCUAAAUCCGUUAUUCCCAUCUCAUGCUACUGUUGAAACAUGUUGCUAUCCAAGAUCAUUGGCAGGAGUCUGUUUUGCCACCGGGGUGUUUUGGGUGACAAGUCUUGUUUCAAACCAAAUAACUUACGAAUUUCGUACCACGAUCUUACUAAAUUGAUGGUACAGGGAUUGUCAAUUUUUGUUGAUAUAGUCUUGGGGUUCCACUUGUACAUAAUAUUACCCCCAACUAGAGAUCAACCGAUUAAGCGGCAUGGCCGUUAAAUUAGGGCCGAUUUCAAGUUUUCAUAACAAUCGGUAAUCGGCCUUUUUGGACGGCGAUUAUGGCCGAUUACAUUGCAAUCCACGAGGAGACUGUGUGGCAGGCUGUCCACCUGUUACGCGAGUGCAGCAUCAAAAUGACCUUGUGGCUGCAAGGAGCCAAGUGGUUGCCAUGGAAGCGGAGGGCUUUGGAGAGCUCCUGCAGCAGGCGGAGCAGCUUGCAGCGGAGACUGAGGCUGUGUCUGAGCUUCCCCAUGUUGAGAGGAACCUUCAGGAGAUCCAGCAGGCUGGAGAGCGGCUACGUUCCCGCACCUUAACCCGAACGUCGCAAGACGCUGCUGAUGUUAAAGCCUCUAUCCUCCUGGGUUCCAGAGGCCUGGACAUAUUCCACAUCUCCCAGCGUCUGGAGAGCCUGAGUGCUGCCACCACCUUUGAACCUCUGGAGCCAGUGAAAGACACUGACAUCCAGGGGUUUCUGAAGAAUGAGAGGGACAAUGCGCUGCUCUCUGCAAUCGAGGAGUCACGUCGCAGGACGUUCCUCCUGGCAGAGGAGUACCACCGUGAGUCCAUGCUGGUUCAGUGGGAGCAGGUGAAGCAGAGAGUACUGCACACCUUGCUGGGAGCAGGGGAAGAUGCUCUGGAUUUCAGCCAAGACGUAGAGCCCAGCUUUGUGAGUGACGCAGGGACUCCUGGGCGGAGUGCUCUUGACAGCGUGGAGGUAGCCUAUGGACGACAGAUCUACCUCUUCAAUGAGAAGAUAGUGAACGGACACGUCCAGCCCAACCUGGGCGACCUCUGUGCCUCAGUGGUAGACAGCCUGGAUGACAAGAACGUGUCAGAUAUGUGGCUGAUGGUGAAGCAGAUGACAGACGUGCUGCUGGUCCCAGCCAAAGACACGCUGAAGAGCCGCACGUCUGUGGACAUGAAGAUGGCUUUCGUCACGCAGGCCCUGCAGUUCCUGGAGAACAGCUACAAGAACUACACCAUGGUGACGGUGUUUGGGAACCUGCACCAGGCCCAGCUGGGCGGAGUCCCUGGCACCUAUCAGCUGGUGUGCAGCUUCCUCAACAUCAAACUACCAGGGCCUCUGCCAGGCAUGCAGGAUGGUGAGGUGGAGGGUCACCCAGUCUGGGCUCUGAUCUACUACUGCCUGCGCUGUGGGGACCUGGGGGCUGCCAUGCAGGUGGUGAACCGGGCUCAGCACCAGCUGGGAGACUUCAAGACCUGGUUCCAGGAAUAUAUGAACAGCCCUGACAGACGCUUGGCCCCUGCCACAGAGAACAAGCUGCGUCUCCACUACCGCAGAGUGCUGAGGAACAGCGCUGACCCCUACAAGAGGGCCGUCUACUGCCUCAUUGGGAAGUGUGACAUCGCAGACAACCAUGGAGAGGUGGCCGACAAAACCGAGGACUACCUGUGGCUCAAGCUCAACCAGGUGUGCUUCGAUGAAGACGGCAGCAAUGCUCCUCAGGACAGACUGACACUGGCCCAGCUACAGAAACAGCUUCUAGAGGACUAUGGAGAGUCCCACUUCUCAGCCAUCCAGCAACCGUUCCUGUACUUCCAGGUGCUGUUCCUCACGGCCCAGUUUGAGGCUGCGGUGGCCUUCCUGUUCCGGGUGGAGCGUCUACGCAGUCAUGCUGUUCACGUGGCUCUGGUUCUCUACGAGCUAGGGCUGCUGCUCAAGUCAUCUGGACAGAGCGCACAACUGUUGAGUCAGGAGGCUGGGGACCCCCCUAUGGUCCGACGGCUCAACUUCAUCCGUCUCCUCAUGCUCUACACACGCAAGUUUGAGUCCACAGACCCCCGGGAAGCUCUACAGUACUUCUACUUCCUACGGAAUGAAAAAAACAGCCAAGGAGAGAACAUGUUUUUGUGCUGUGUUAGCGAGCUGGUGAUUGAGAGUCGAGAGUUUGACAUGCUUCUGGGAAGACUGGAAAAAGAUGGCAGCAGGAAGCCUGGAGUGAUUGAUAAAUUUGCUGGAGACACGCGAGCCAUUAUCACAAAAGUGGCGCUGGAGGCAGAGAACAAGGGCCUGUUUGAGGAAGCAGUCAAACUGUAUGAGCUGGCCAAGAAUCCAGACAAGGUCCUAGAGCUGAUGAACAGGCUGCUGAGUCCUGUUAUUGCCCAAGUGGGCUCCACCCAGUCCAAUAAGGAGAGACUGAAGAACACUGCUGUUGCCAUCGCUGAGCGGUACCGGACCCACGGUGUCGCUGGAGAGAAGUCUGUGGACAGCACCUUCUACCUGCUGCUGGAUCUCAUGACCUUCUUUGAUGAGUACCAUGUUGGUCACAUAGACCAGGCCUACGAUGUUAUGGAGAGACUGAAGCUGGUCCCUCUGAGUCAGAACAGUGUGGAGGAGAGGGUCGCUGCAUUCCGUAAUUUCAGUGAUGAGGUCAGGCAUAAUUUGUCAGAGGUUCUCCUGGCCACCAUGAACAUCCUGUUCAUGCAGUACAAACGUCUGAAGGGCGCCACAGCAGGAACCCCUGGUCGACCACAAAGAUCCAUGGAGGACAGAGACUCGCAACUGCGCAGCCAGGCUCGAGCACUGAUCACGUUUGCUGGGAUUAUCCCAUACCGCAUGGCAGGCGACACCAAUGCCCGGCUGGUGCAGAUGGAGGUCCUAAUGAACUGACUCCAAAAUACCCCAAAGCCCCAGCCAUACCCAUCCUUCUCAUCAACUGUCUGAUUUUUUUGGUGCAUUUUUCCCAUUUCUUUGUCUUUAUGUUGCUCCAUAUUUGUAUUUUUUCAUAAAUUGAAAUAAAAUGUCAGUUCAAUUUAAUUUCUUAUGCAUUCAUUUCAUUAUAAACCCAUUAUUUGAUUCAUUUUAAUUUAGUUUGGCAGUUUGCUUAUUGUUUUUUCCAUUCUUAUCCAUCAUGGAUGGUCAUCUAUAAAAUGAUUAGUGGAAUGAGUACUACCUGGAUUUCAAGAAAACACUGACAGAAAUAUUUUUACUCUUAGAUUCAUUUGGAAUUAUUGAUUUUAAAAUUAAUUGUGGCUUUUGAUAUUAUUUUAUGGUAAAAGGGAUAGUUAACAUUUUUGGCAAUGAAGCCCCCCCCCCCCCCCCCCAAAGUCAGAUGAACUCAUGGUGCUCAAACUGCAGGCAGAGACAUAAAAAUCGUAUCCAUGAGUAUAGGAAAUGUAUGCACUCACUGUAAAUCGUUCUGGAUAAGAGCAUCUGCUGAAUGACUAAAAUGUCAAAUCUGACUGGGUAAGUAGAAAAAAGGGCUUGGUUGCCAAAAUGUCAAACUAUCCCUGAGACAUGGCUGCCUAUAGUCAAGAAGCAACAGGGAAUUGUGAAUCAUUGCACUAGCCAUAAUCCAGUGGUCCAGGAGGAACAAAAGCUUGCAAAAAGUUUUAAUUAAAGUAUUCACAAGAUGUGUGUUCUACGUUAAAAUCCACCUCAACAGGCGAUUUUUUUUUUUUAUUUUUUUAUUUUUUUAUAUAUAUAUAUUUUGAGAAAUCAUUGAUAAUGAGAUUUUGUGGGUGCUAGAACGAAAAUUCAACAUCCACUGUAUACUCUUCGUUGAUGGAACGGCACACAGAGACAAAAUCUAUCCCUGCUGGUGGCUUUCUAUUAGGAAUUACAUGAUAAUGAUAUGUCUCUUUGCUACUAGUCAUACUGGAUUGAUUGCCUUAGAAAGGCCAAUAUGUUUCUUUGGAUAACAUUAUUUUUUUAUGACUGAUAAUAUCACAGCAGCUGAAGAAAUGACACAGUGUAGGUAAUAACUGAAUUGAAAGAACAUUGUGUUGGGCUUUGUCAUGUGUGACACUGCUGCACUUAUUGACAGAUGGUUAGAAGGGAAGGAAAUGCCCUGAGAGAACACAGAAGGGAGUCUUUGCUUCACUUGGCUGCACUAGAUUGUUGAAGCUGUUCCCUCUCAAACUUAACCCAUUGUCACCACAGGGGACUUGUGUUCAUUAUGGAGAGAAUCAAACUUGACUGUGCAUGCUCUUUUACUGUAGUGCUUUAACUUUUCACUCACAGCCCUUCCCAUCAUCAUUGGAUCUGUGCUGGAGUUAGUUACCACCUCGGACUAUGAUCCUCUUUCCUUUGUUAUUGAGACGGUGCUUUUACUUUGCACCACAUCACAACCUGCUCUAGUGAAGAUCAGUCUCUGUGUCGAGAAGACAUGGACUGGGAGCUCCCUCUGCCACAGUUUAUCCAUUCUAAGGUGUGUGUGCUGCAGCUGGUGUUGUGAAUCAGGCCGAUGCCACACACCCACUAUAACCCGGCUAUUUCACAACACCAGGGUGGCACUGCACCACUGCCAACGAGACGCCAAGGGCAAGCAACAAGCAGCUUUGAGGAGCCGAAGAUCACAUUACCUACUAGAGUACCUACAGUUCAUUUGAUGAAAUGUCUGCUGUGAUUUUGAUUUCAAUGACAUGUACAAGUAUUUGAUUCAAUGUGUUUUUACUUAAUUUUGUGUCAGAUUUAGCAAUACAAUUAUGCCCCUAUGAGGCAAAAACACUAUACUUUGGGAGAUUCCAGGAGGAGUUUGAUCAUUUGUUAAAAAGAUAUGUUUUCAGGAUAUAAUUCCUUUUAAAAAGUUAUAUUUUGGAGCAAAUGCAGUCAGGGGGAUCAAGAGUUUUGAAUAGUGAUGUUUCUGUACCAGGACUUGUCUGCAGUGUCAGCUGUAUUGUAGUAUGCUCAACUGUGCAAGUUAAUGAGAAACUCGAUGAAAGGACUGCUGGCACAACAUCCCACUGUGCACACCUUUGUUGAAUCAACGUUGUUUCAAUGUCAUUUGUCAACGUAUUGUGACGUGGGAAAUACAUUGGAUUUGAAAAAAGUCAUCAACCAGUACCUGUGUACAGUAUUGGGUGAACAAUCCGUGUAGUUUUUGGCCAAUUAAUAUUUCCUAUUAGAUGACAAGAUAAAAAACGAGUAAAGGGAUGUUCCUCAUUUAUUUUAUUUGAAUCUGAAAUCAAACAACACAUAAACGGUUUGUUUUGUGUUUUUUGUUGUCUAAAGGAAAUGUUAAAUAAAGAUAAACGGAAUAAUGAUUUGAUUAUUCAAAUGUCUUUUUAAUGGUCGGUUCUGGUUCAACCCAUGCACUGUAUGUUUUGGAAAAUUGGUGUCUUCCUGACAACACAGACAAUUAUAAAUGGGUCUUUCUUUGUUUUAUGCAGAUAUAAUGGCUAUUUAUAUAUAUAAAAAAAUGUUUCUCAUUCCAA